ACCACACACUGAUGAAAUCUUUUCGUUGACAUCCAUCUCUAUUCUUUAAAAGCUGGUCAGACUUCCUGGGCUGCACACACAGGACCAUGGGACACCUAUUGCAACUGGCUGUGGCGCUUUGCUAUCUUCCCCUCUCAGGAGCAUCAAGGAUUGUAGGCGGACAUGAAGCUCGAGCACACUCAAGGCCUUAUAUCGCAUCUCUGCAGCUUAACAGAGAGAGUUUCUGCGGGGGAGCUCUAAUCCAUAGAAAAUGGGUGCUCACUGCAGCACACUGCAUGGAUAAUACGCCUCUGAAUAAUGUGCGUGUUGUACUUGGUGCUCAUAACUUUAUAGCUCCAGACAGGCCUGUUCAGGUGUUCGGCAUCCAGAAGUCGGUCAUUCAUCCUGAAUACAACUCAGAAACAUUCCAAAAUGACAUUCUUCUUCUAAAGCUAAAUGACUCUGCCAUCAUCACCCCUUCCGUGAGGACUGUUCGUCUACCCAGAGCAGGUUCAGAUGUGGCCCCUGGGACUAAUUGCUCAGUGGCUGGAUGGGGUUUCCUUUCUGAUUCCGGAACUAUGCCAGCAGCUCUGAUGGAGACAGAUGUUGACAUGAUCAGUCGCAUGACCUGCAACACGUCUUGGACUGGACAGAUCUAUGAAAGCAUGUUGUGUGCCGCAACCCCUGGAGCUCGAUCCAAGGGCUUCUGUAGUGGUGAUUCUGGUGGUCCUCUUAUAUGUGGAAGAAAUGUGGAAGGAGUUGUUUCUUUCUCAGGCAUAUUCUGUGGGAAUCCCCUUUACCCAGAUGUUUACACUCGUGUCUCAUACUUUACGGAGUGGGUAGGACGACAAAUAAAAAGGCUUUAAUGAGGAAUAUAUGUUAAAGAGUAUUAAAGAAAUUACAAUACCAAUUUCCCCUAAAA